GGCGGAAAUCGGUAGCGAGAGCUUGGACGAUUCCUAGGCAGCUGGGACGCUUCCCUGCCACAGCGGUGCCGUUAGCCAUCAUGCGGAUUCGUUGGCGGAACAAAACGCUCACCGAGAGGGGAGCCAAGCUCAUGGAGGAGGCCGUCCGAUACGUUGAAGACAAGUAUGACGCACACACACACAGGAACACCAGCGGCAGAAGAGCAAACCAUUCUCCUGAGCAGCUGUCUAUCGUCACCUGUCUGUCUGUGUGAUCGUCUCAGGAUACGCCAGGAGGCCCACGAUGCCAUCAUGAAGGACGAGAAGCCGCCGGGUGGGCACAUGGGUGGGCAAAGUUGUAUGGACGGGCAAGUCGACACCUGUAUGUGCGUUAAUCCGGGUUUUCUUGUGCUGGUGCGCUUUUCUGUGUGCGUGUGCAGAGCCUCCCCACCUGCCCACGGUGAUAAACGAUCGUCUGUUCCCUCACUGCAUCGCAGUGGCCGUCGUGCCAAACGCAGGUAGGUCAGUAGGUGGGUGGGUGUGGGCGGAUGCCUCAACACGCCAAGCAGAAACAUACGCAGAAGAGAAGAGUCAUGUCUGCCGGUCGUGUGUGUCGGUGAUUCAACCUGGGUGUGCAGGUGAGGGUUCGUGUUUUAGAGGCAUGGAGUGUGCACAGAUUGAGACCAUGGGCAAGGUACGGCGGCAAUCGACAAUUGACGGAUGGAGGGGAGGGGAAGCGAUGCGGUAACUGUGUCUGUCUGUCUGUCUGCAGGUGUACAAUGUGGCUCUGGUGCUGCGGCCGGAACCGUAGCGCUCAGAUAUCGUAUGUGUAUCAUGUACAGCAAGGUACGGAUGGCUGGAUGGAUGGGGAAGGAAGUAGAUAUCUCUGCUCCCUCGCUCGCUCGUCGCGGGCUAAUCGUCUCUCCUCCCUCCCUCCCUGCCGGCCUGCCUGCCAGUGCUGCCAGUGCGCCUCGCCUGCCUCUCUCUCCUGUGCAUAUUUGUCACAAUCCUGUCUGUGAUCAUGAUCAAUCAUGACAGAAUAAGUGAAUGGUGUACAUGGCACAUUCGUGACAUCGAAUUCGUUCGCUCGGACGGGACGGGACGCUUUUAUUUGAUUGAUUCGUGUGGAGUGAGUGAGUGGAGUGGAUCAACGGAUUGUCUGGACGAACCGCCGGCUGAUCGGAUCGAUGAUGACCUGAGACUAAUUGCCUGUCUGUCUGUCGUACUGCUCGCACACAUACACUCACGCGACACUUAACGCGACAAAUCGAAGACAGUGCCGCCGAC